AUGGGCUUCGAAGGCUCCGCGAACAAGGUGGCGGUCGGUGUCGUGUCGCACACCGGCGACAUCCUCAGCAACCCCCGCAAAACCUACAUCACCCCCCCCGGCACCGGCUUCCUGCCGCGCGAGACCGCCGAGCACCAUCGCCAGGUCAUCCUCGACAUCGUCCAGCAGGCCCUGGACGAGGCCGGCAUCGCUCCCUCGGAUCUGGACUGUCUCUGUUACACUAAAGGCCCGGGAAUGGGCGCGCCCCUCGUCUCCGUCGCGGUCGUCGUCCGGAUGCUCUCGCAGAUUUGGAAGAAGCCAAUCGUCCCGGUGAACCACUGCGUCGGGCACAUAGAGAUGGGACGCGUGGUUUGCGGCGCCAUGGACCCCGUCGUCCUCUACGUAUCCGGCGGUAACACCCAGGUCAUCGCCUACAACGAGCGGCGGUACAGGAUCUUCGGAGAGACGAUCGACAUCGCGGUGGGCAACUGCCUGGACAGGUUCGCGCGAGAGAUCGGCCUCAGCAACGACCCGUCGCCGGGAUACAACAUCGAGCAGCUCGCGAAGAAAGGGACCAAGUACAUCGACAUGCCGUACACGGUCAAGGGCAUGGACAUAUCACUGUCGGGCAUCGAAACCUUCGCCAAGAGCGAGGCGAGGACGAAGAUCGACGCGGGCGAGUGCACAGCCGCGGACCUGUGCUACUCGCUCCAGGAGACCAUCUUCGCGAUGCUCGUGGAGAUCACCGAGCGAACCAUGGCGCACUGCAACGCCAACGACGUCCUGAUCGUUGGCGGCGUGGGGUGCAACGUCCGUUUGCAGGAGAUGAUGCGCGUGAUGGUGGGAGAGCGCGGGGGUAAGCUCUACGCGACUGACGACAGGUACUGCAUCGACAACGGCGCCAUGAUCGCCUACGCGGGCAUACUGGCGUUCAUGGAGGGACAGACGGCGACGAUGGCGGAGACGAUCUGCACGCAGAGGUACAGGACCGACGACGUGCUCGUGACGUGGAGGAAGGACAAGUGA